AGCUGAUCUCGCAAACAAGCUAAUUAGGGAGGCAGCCAAAUAUAAUGGAAGGGGUAUAAGCCUGGAUGGAUUGAAUUGGAGCACCCGGCCAAGUUGGCAAAGCUAAGUCUCCCGGCGGCGUAUUCCGCUCUCUAUGGGCUUCUCUGCUGAGUUUCAUGGUGUCAUCAUGCUUCUUCAUAUCCUUCCCAUUGGCACAACAUUCCUUUACAACCACCUGUGAUCAUCAUCACAGAUUGGUCAAUUCUAGCUUCGACAACGUGCAUCUCAUCAACUCCAGGGACGAAGAAGUGGGAAGACGGAGAUCAAGCGCCCAAAUCAAUUCUGAAAUGGAGAAUGUUGAUUAUGAUAAUAAUGCCACUUGGGUGCGAUCAGUAGUUGGUGAGUUCACCUUUGAGGCCGAUUCGGCUCCCUUCCCAAGCUGUCACGCUUCCACUAUUGUUCAGGUGACUGGAGAUGAAUUCUUGGUGGCAUAUUUUGGUGGCACAGCUGAGGGGGCCUCUGAUGUCAACAUUUGGAUGCAAAGUUACAAGAAUGGGAGUUGGGGCCCCCCUGUUGUAGCGGACAAGGAACCGGGUGUCCCAAUGUGGAAUCCUGUGCUAUUCAUGCUUCCUUCUCGUGAACUGCUUUUGUUCUAUAGAAUUGGGAAAGACGUUCAAAGUUGGAGCGGAUGCAUGAAGAGAUCUUAUAAUGGCGGUAUGACAUGGACAGGACGAGAGCAGCUUCCUCCUGGUAUAUUAGGACCCAUAAAGAACAAGCCUUUAUUACUAGAAAAUGGAACAUUGCUUUGCGGAUCUUCCAUUGAGAGCUGGAAUUCUUGGGGAUCGUGGAUGGAGAUGACGAGUGAUUCUGGUAGAACAUGGAGAAAACACGGACCGAUACACAUUGCGAACAACACUCUCGGUGUGAUCCAACCCGUCCCCUAUCAGGCUGCAGAUGGGACGUUGCGAGUUUUACUGCGCUCAUUUACUGGCCUAAAUAGAACUUACACCUCCGUGUCCUGUGAUGGUGGUCUUACCUGGGAUCACGCAAAGCCCACUCCUUUGCCUAACCCAAAUUCAGGGAUUGACGGUGUUAAAGUGAGGGAUGGUCGGCUCCUUGUGGCAUACAACACAGACUCGAGAGCGGUUCUCAAAGUGGGAGUUUCUGAAGACGAUGGAGAGUCGUGGCGUGAGGUUGCAACGCUAGAGGAUACCCCGGGGAAGGAGUUCUCUUAUCCAGCCGUCAUCCAGGCCUCUGAUGGAUCUGUCCAUAUCACCUACACCCACAACAGAACUCAGAUCAAGCAUGUAGUGUUGAAGAUCUCUUGAUGAUGAAGAGAACUGGGCCUGCUGCAUGCAACAAGAUGAUCUUGCUUGCUUGCUUGUUUUGAUGCAAGAUUCAUGAACAUAUAUAUAUUUUGGUUCAUAUGUAUGAGUGUUGGG